GGAUCCCAUGUGGAAUGGUGUAAACAGCUGAUAGCUGCAACCAUUUCUAGUCAAAUUUCAGGGUCUGUCCCAUCAGAAGGUGUGUCCAGAGACUUCAGGGAGAUUCAGGAUGGACACAAUGGCUAUCAUUCUGAAGCAGAACCUGAUCAGGCACUGCGGGAUGGAAACAAACUAGCACAGAUGGAAGAGGCGCCACUUUUUCCUGGAGAAUCAAUCAAAGUUAUUGCUAAAGAUGUUAUGUAUAUCUGUCCAUUUAUGGGAGCAGUCAGUGGUACACUAACAGUGACGGACUUCAGAAUGUAUAUCAAAAGUGUUGAGAGGGAUCCACCUUUUGUUGUUGAUGUUCCCCUUGGUGUCAUAAGUAGAGUUGAAAAAAUUGGAGUACAGAGCCAUGGAGACAACUCAUGUGGUAUAGAAAUAGUUUGCAAGGAUAUGAGAAAUUUGCGGCUGGCUUAUAAACAGGAAGAGCAGAACAGAUUGGAGAUUUUUGAAAACCUUGUAACUCGUGCGUUUCCUGUUUCAAAUGGGCUGCCUCUUUUUGCAUUCAGCUAUAAAGAAAAGUUUGCUGUUAAUGGCUGGAAAGUAUAUGAUCCAAUGGCAGAGUAUAAGAGGCAGGGCUUGCCCAAUGAGAGCUGGAAAAUAUCUAAAAUUAACAGCACCUAUGAGCUUUGUGAUACAUAUCCUGCUAUUCUUGUUGUGCCAACCAGUGUGAAGGAUGAUGACCUCUCAAAAGUGGCAGCGUUUAGAGCGAAAGGCAGAGUUCCAGUGUUGUCCUGGAUUCAUCCUGAGAGCCAAGCAACAAUAACACGAUGCAGUCAGCCUUCAGUAGGCCCCAAUGAUAAGCGUUGCAAAGAAGAUGAAAAAUAUUUGCAGACAAUAAUGGAUGCCAACGCUCAGUCACAUAAACUUAUCAUCUUUGAUGCCAGACAGAAUAGUGUUGCAGAUACAAACAAGGCCAAAGGUGGAGGAUAUGAAAGUGAAAGUGCCUACCCAAAUGCAGAACUGGUCUUUCUGGAAAUUCAUAAUAUACACGUAAUGAGAGAAUCCCUACGUAAACUUAAAGAAAUAGUUUAUCCUACUAUUGAUGAAACUCGGUGGUUAUCGAAUGUGGACUCCACACACUGGCUGGAAUAUAUAAGGAUGCUUCUUGCAGGAGCAGUGAGAAUUGCAGAUAAAAUUGAAUCUGGUAAAACAUCAGUAGUGGUACAUUGCAGUGAUGGUUGGGAUCGAACUGCACAGCUUACUGCGCUAGCUAUGCUUAUGCUGGACAGCUAUUACAGAACUAUCAAGGGGUUUGAAGUUCUUAUAGAGAAAGAAUGGAUAAGUUUUGGACACCGAUUUGCAAUGCGAGUAGGACAUGGAGAUGAUGAUCAUGCUGAUGCAGACAGAUCUCCCAUUUUCCUUCAGUUCAUCGACUGUGUUUGGCAAAUGACAAAGCAGUUUCCUGCAGCCUUUGAAUUCAACGAGUUAUUUCUGAUCACCAUUCUGGAUCACCUUUACAGUUGUCUCUUUGGGACUUUCUUAUGCAACUGUGAAAAAGAAAAAUUAAAAGAGGAGGUAAGCACAAAGACUAUAUCGCUAUGGUCCUAUAUAAACAGCCAGUUAGAUGAGUUCACAAAUCCUUUCUACGUAAACUAUGAAAACCACGUCCUCUAUCCUGUUGCCAGUCUGAACCAUUUGGAACUAUGGGUGAACUACUACGUCAGAUGGAACCCAAGGAUGCGGCCCCAGGUUCCGAUCCAUCAAAAUCUUAAAGAGCUCCUUGCCAUCCGGACGGAGCUUCAGAAGAAGGUUGAAGAUUUGCAGCGGGAGGCUGCUACACGAUCCAUUUCUUCCUCCUCUGACAGAGGUUCAUCUCCUUCCCAUUCAGCCACACCGGUACACACCUCUGUGUGAUGUGUAACAAAAUCCGUGUGAAAAAAAAUUGUGUCAGGUGAUACAGAGAGGAGGGUGAAAUGCUCUUCCCAUCACAAAAGGAUUGUGAGUGACUUGUAAUUGCUAUGAUCUACAUGCCUUACUCUGUGUCUGAUGUUAUCGUGAUGAGGCCAAAAAGAGCUUCAAUAGAUGUGAUGUAUUUGCUUGUUGGCAGUUCCCACAUGUGUUUUGACAUCUCUAGCUAAAUCACCAAUUGUGAAAUUAAACUUUGUUUUGAACAACUAACAAUUUAACCAUCCUAAAAAGGAAUCCAUCUGCCAAGCAGAGAGAAGAAUGCCUCUCACACUGCCUAGGGUACCAUGCCUCCUUGAGAGAAUCAGAUUAAAUGCCACAUGAUGCUUACACAGAACACAGAACGUUUUUCUGAAUGGGAGCUCCUUAUUUCACUCAGUAAUAUAUAUAUAUAUAU